AUAUACUUAGUGGUUUAAAGAUGAUGAAUCAUGGAUAUGGUUUUUAUUAGAUUGUGGUGUAUAUUUUAAGUGUAAUUGUGAAUUAAUUUAUUAGAAGUUGAUAAAGGAUUCACAUUAUUCUAAGAGUUGAGUUCUUAUUCAAGGAUGGAAUAUUUAUUUGAUUUAUGGAGGCCCGAGGCCGUUCGGGUUAUUGGUCUUAUGUAUGCUGAACGAUUGGGACUUUGUUUUUCAUUGUUAAUUGUAUAUUUACAGGUGGUGAGUUAUUGGGAAACGAGCAUUUUAGAGGGGAGACUCUGCCAAAUUUCAGGCAGAAGUCUAACUUGAAAAAGAAUUUUGAGACUUAGAAGGGCAAUCUGGUCAAGCGUGUUUAGCACCUGCUAGGUGUCGGACACGUACUAGGUUCGAUUCAAAUUCCAAAGUGGAAUUUGAGUUGGGUCCUGUCAACAUUUGACAGUGUUUGACAGAAAAGUUUAGAAGUGCUCCUGGAUCGUAGAACCGCUUUCUGGAGAAGCACUUACUAUGUGCUUCUUCAAGGCACUUGAAUUUGUUAUGAAAAUUACAAUAUCUUUAUAAUAAAAGUGCUUUUGCUAAAAGCAUUUAUGAGCAGAAGUUCUUUCUAAAGCAGCACUAAUAUUCUUCCACAUGAUUUCAGUUGAUUUUUUUGUCGUUAAUGCAAGAGUAAUAUGAGACCAAAAAUAAAACAAAAUAAAAUAUUAGUCAACUUUUCUUCCCACUUGUUUGCCAAUUAUUCAGAACGAAUUUGUUUACCUCCAAAAUCUCAAAAUUCAAACGCAUUUUGUAAGCGGCCACGCCUAGCACUGCAAGCUUCGACAAGCCCAAAUCGCCGGCCGGUCAGUGCAGAAUAGACCAGUUCAAAUGGCAAGAAAAAGAGCUAAGAAAACUGUAAAACAAGUUGCCUUGUCACCAGGGACCGAUUUCAAUGUUGCAGAGGAAAAGGAACCCCAGAAUGCGAAACAAGAAGCUCAAUUCACAGACCCAGAUGUUGAGCGGCAAAUUUCUGCCAUUAGGGCUAUUCGUGAUGUUGAGACUGAACAUCUCCUGACUAAUUUGCGUUUGCUUCGCUCCUACUUCAACAAGGAACAGCAGCGAACCCCUGUAUUGCAAUAUUUUAAAGAGAACUUUCAAAACCUGUCGAUUGUAAGAAAUGGAGAAAAUGGACAAAUGGAAGUGCAAUGGAUUGACAAAGAUGGCAAUGUAUCCAUGAAUGAUGGAAUGGAUUUACAUGAGACUCUUCUUCGUCGGUUGUCCAUUGCUUAUUCUGGUUGCUCAGCUGCAAUUCCAUCUCUUGGUGGCUUUGAGUUUUCUAGUAAAGCAGAUAAAACAAGCCUUCUGGGUGCUGAUAAUCUGCAGAUCAGCGACUUUGGUUUAGAGGAGCCAUUUGAUACUCUGAUGCUAGGGAAGCAAGAUACUCUCCAAACUCCUGGGGUGAGUAGCCAGAGACUGUCUAUUGGGAUGACACCCAAGACGCGAAGGCUCCCGAAGCCUGGGGAGAUGCUCUUAUCUGUCCAUGGCUCACCCCUUGGUGUUUACAAGGAAGACAACAUGGAAGCCAUACAUGAGUCGGAAGAGGGAUGACUGACUUGAAAUGGCUCAAGUGGUCAAUCAGGAUUCACAACCGUGCAUUACUUGCCAAUCCAAGGUUCUUUAAUUUACUUCUAGCAUUGUGCUAACAAUCACUGUCGUGCCUGAAAAUGCUCUUGUAUCAUUCUACUGACACCUUUGAGAUUGGAUUUAUGUGAAAUAUAUUCUAUCAUUUUCCCUGUAUAUAAUUCAUAUGUAAUUUUCGUCAUUUGUUUUAGUAAUUUCCCAAGAGAAUCGAACAUUAACGUUGAUUUAAGCCAGAGCAUAGUGAUAGACUACUCGGUUUUACUCUCAAUUCAUUUCUAUACACCAACAUUGCUUUGAUUUU